GCCGGGCGGGGCAGCCGCAGCCGCAGCCCAGCAGGUGGAGCGGCGCUGGUCCCGCACCGGCCGGAGGCGGCUCCCCUCGCCGCUCCCCGGGCGCAGCAGCGCCGUCCUUCCCCCGGGGCAGGCGGCUCCCCGCCGCUCCCGCAGCGCCACCGGCCCCGCUCCGGCAUGGCUUUCGCUAAUUUCCGCCGCAUCCUGCGCCUCUCCACCUUCGAGAAGCGGCGCUCCAAGGAGUACGAGCACGUUCGCCGCGACCUGGACCCCGGCGAGGUGUGGGAGGUGGUGGGCGAGCUGGGUGACGGCGCCUUCGGAAAGGUCUACAAGGCUAAGAAUAAGGAAACCGGUGCUUUAGCGGCUGCCAAAGUCAUUGAAACAAAGAGCGAAGAUGAAUUGGAGGAUUACAUGGUGGAGAUUGAAAUACUGGCAACCUGCGAUCACCAGCACAUCGUCAAGCUGCUGGGAGCAUUUUAUUGGGAUGGCAAGCUCUGGAUCAUGAUAGAGUUCUGCCCAGGCGGGGCCGUGGAUGCCAUCAUGCUGGAGCUGGACCGGGGCCUGACUGAACCCCAGAUUCAAGUAAUUUGCCGCCAGAUGUUGGAAGCUCUCCAUUACCUCCACAGCAAAAAGAUCAUCCACCGUGACCUGAAGGCAGGCAACGUGCUCCUCACCCAGGAUGGGGACAUCAAGCUCGCUGACUUUGGAGUGUCUGCCAAAAACAUGAAAACCUUGCAGAAGCGAGACUCCUUCAUUGGGACCCCUUACUGGAUGGCCCCAGAGGUGGUGAUGUGCGAGACCAUGAAGGACACUCCGUAUGACUACAAGGCGGACAUCUGGUCUCUGGGAAUCACACUGAUUGAAAUGGCCCAGAUUGAGCCACCCCACCAUGAGCUUAACCCCAUGAGAGUCCUGCUGAAGAUUGCCAAGUCUGACCCCCCCACGCUCAGCUGCCCUUCCAAAUGGUCCCUGGAGUUCAGAGACUUCCUGAAGAAGGCGCUGGACAAGAACCCAGAGACCCGGCCCAGUGCUGCCCAGCUGCUGGAGCAUCCCUUCGUCAGCAAGGUGACCACCAACCGGGCCUUGCGCGAGCUGGUGGCUGAGGCCAAGGCUGAGGUGAUGGAAGAGAUUGAGGACAGUCGGGACGAUGUGGAAGAAGAUGACUCAUCAGAGUCUGCUUCGCCCCCUGGUAAGCACAAGCGGGACCCCUCUGAUGUGAGUCAGCUGAGUUUUGAUGGGGAGAAGCCUCCAGACGCUUCCUCGCCGAAAGCAGUCAAUGGGCCUGUGGGGACUGGCAAGGAGACCGCGGAUGGACAGAGCGAUAAAGCCUCAGAUGAAGGGAUCAGCAGUGACAAACUGAAGAGCAACCAAUCCACAAAAGCCCCUGCCAGCUCUGCUACCUUGGCCACCCAGGGCAAGCCAGACAUCAUCUCACAGCCCAAACAGCUGGGUAACUCAACAGAGGCAGACAAGCAGCCCAGGCCAGGCAGCAAGGAGAGGAAGAGUGUUUGUGAGCGACCAGAGAGCAGCUACCUGGAGAACUUAAUGGAGGAGAAGCUUACCAACGGGAGCUUGGAUCCUCCAACUCCGUUCUCCAGUGUCCGGUCCAAAGGGGAUUCAGAUUCUGGCAGCACUUCGGCCUCCGAGAGCAUGGACCUCACCAUCUCCCUGUCUGCUGACCUGUCCCUCAACAGAGAGAGUGGCUCCAUCUCUCUGAAGGACUCCCGGCUGCACAAGAAGACACUGAAACGCACCCGCAAGUUUGUGGUGGAUGGAGUAGAAGUGAGUGUCACCACCUCAAAGAUCAUCAGCGAGGAUGAGAAGAAAGAUGAAGAGAUGAGAUUUCUCAGACGCCAGGAACUGCGGGAGUUGCGUCUCCUUCAAAAGGAGGAGCACCGAAACCAGGCGCAGCUCAACAGCAAACACCAGCUGCAACUGGAGCAGAUGCUCAGGCGCUUUGAGCAAGAAAUGACAACAAAGAAGAAGUUCUAUGACACUGAACUGGAAAACCUCGAACGGCAGCAGAAGCAGCAGAUUGAGAAGAUGGAACAAGAUCACUCACUGCGCCGGCGGGAGGAGGCCAAGCGCAUUCGCCUGGAGCAGGAGCGGGACUAUGUCAAAUUCCUGGAGCAGCUGAAGCAGAUGAAGAAGGAGGUCAAGAAUGAGGUUGAGAAGCUGCCACGGCAACAGCGCAAAGGGAACAUGAAGGCGAAGAUGGAUGACUUUGCCCAGAAAAAACAAACCAUGGAACAGGAGUUUUUGGCCAAGCAGAAGGAGGACCUGGAGCUAGCCAUGAAGAACAUAACUGCCCAGAACAAAAAAGAGAUCUGCGACAAAGAACGCGAGUGCCUGAACAAAAAGCAGCAGCUCAUGAGAGACCGGGAAGCAUGCAUCUGGGAUCUUGAAGAGCAUCAGCAACAAGAAAAACACCAGCUUAUCAAGCAGCAGCUGAAGGACCAGUAUUUCCUCCAGAGGCAUGAGUUGCUCCGGAAACAUGAGAAGGAAAGGGAGCAAAUGCAGCGAUACAACCAGCGCAUGAUAGAGCAGCUGAAAAUUCGGCAGCAGCAGGAGAAAGCUCGGCUCCCCAAAAUCCAGCGGAGCGAAGGAAAGACGCGCAUGGCCAUGUACAAGAAGAGCCUUCACAUCCACUCCAGUGGAAGUGCAUCUGAGCAGCGGGAGAAGAUAAAACAGUUUGCUCAACAGGAAGAGAAGAGGCAAAAAGCAGAGCGGCUGCACCAACAGCAGAAGCAUGAGACACAGAUGAAGGACAUGCAGGCCCAGUGUGAGAGCAACACAAAUGAGCUCCAGCAGCUUCAGAAUGAAAAGUGUCACCUCUUAAUUGAGCAUGAAACGCAGAAGCUUAAGUCCCUGGAUGAGAACCACAACCAGCACAUGAAGGAGUGGCGGGACAAGCUGAGGCCACGGAAGAAGGCAUUGGAGGAUGAGCUGAACCAGAAGAAGCGUGAGCAGGAGAUGUUCUUCAAGUUGAGCGAGGAGGCAGAUGGACAGACACCAGUAUCCCCAACUAAACACGCGAAGUUCUUCCCAUUCAGCUCUGCAGAAAGCUCAUAACAGCUCACAGCUGGCAGGCCACCAGCUGGUACUUGCUAUGUCUUCCUGGGCUGCAUGUGGGCAACUUGGACUUGGAAGACCACCUCAGCAGCCUGUUCUCACAGCAGCACCUUCCUAUCCCCUCACUCUGUCUGAGAUAAAGCAAGGCCUCUGUCCUGCACUGGGGGACACUGACUGGGAGCUUUGGUGGCUUUCCCAGGAGCUGGCCUGCUUAGCACAGCUCCGUGCUGGGGAGCCAGGCAGGACCCUUUUCUGCAAUUGUACUUGCACUGUUAGCUGGAUAUGUUGCCUCUCACGUGAGCCUGGUGCUCACCAGGUUUGUCAGCAAAGACUGAAGCAAUAACUGGUCUGAACAGGAGAAGCAGGCAGUGGCUCUUGCCCCCUGCACAGCCUCUCUCCGCUGUGGCUGCUCCUCCUCCUGGUCCCCUGUAAGGACUAGUAUGGGGCAGAGCAGCUUUGGCAUUGUCUUAGGCUAACCUUGCCCUUGUGGUCCCCCAACACUUGCCUUAGAUUUCCUUCUAUCUACUGUGGCCUUUUUUUGCUCAAGGGAGAGACAGUGAUAAAGAUUUUUAUUCUUCCUUUGAGGAGGGAGGGUUGGGGGUUUUUUCUUUCCUCUUCCCCUUUGUACAGACUGUGCAGAAAGGGGACCAGCUCCAUGUCCUUCCAAAGAUGCUUCUCCUUUUUCAUUUCCUAUGAUUGCUGGCACCACAGUCCCUCUGGUACCUAGGAAACACUAUUUUAUCAGAUACCAGACUGUGGCAUAAUUAAACUGCUCAACUGGCUGCAGGCUUUUGUCUCUUAAAGAAAUGUAUGUGCAUGUGCAGAGGGGGAGGUUUGUAACAGUGUUCAGUCCUGCGGUGACACAGCAAGGUGUCAAUCACGGUCAUGUGCCUUCUGGUAAGGACAGGUAAGGGGCCAAAGGCUGUUAUAGCUGGAGCUCUCGUGAUCACGCAUGUGCUUGAGAUAAUAUGUGUGGGCCAUGCGGGUCAGCCAGCCUGACCACUGCCGUCAGGUUUAUAGGCUGCAAAGCAUCAUUUGGAAGAAGUGAAGGAGUCUUGAAUGUCUUAUCUCCUUAUUACGUCCCACAGGUUUUUGUAUGAUUUACCUAGCUUUGAGCUUGGAGUCAUGCUGCAGAGCCACAGAGCAGCUGCAGGUCCAGCUCUCUGUCCUUUCUGCUCCAUGGCAGUGUGUCUCGGUUGUGCUGCCUUGCCCUACCUGCAUGAAGCUGUGCUUGGCUGAGCUUCUGGGUGAGACCCAGAGCACAGAUCUGAGUAGGUGAACAAAAACCUCACUGGCAGCAUCUUCUUCUUUACACAACCAAAAGAUGUAAGAUAGCAGAUAGCGUUUAGGUUUUUCUCUCUGUUGGUCUCUGGACAACACUGGUUCCCUUGCUUGGCCUACUUCCCAAGCAAGAAAAAGAUGUCUCUGCUUAAAAAUAAAAAAAAAAAAUAUAAUUGUUAUUUUAAAGUCUCAAGUGUUGAUUUAGAGACAUAUUGGCAUUUCAGGAAAAGGUGGUAACGUGAUGUGCUACACUUCUAGAUACCUAGGUGAAGGAGUCAGCGCCCAGGUCUUUAACACCACUUCUAUCUAAGGAGUGCGUUUACCUUUACUACCCAUUUAGAGGUCAUAACACAUAUU